GGUUUACAAAAUGGGGAGCAAAAAAUUCAGCAACAGAACAGAGACCAGAAUCGAAGAAAAAGAAGGGAAUUAUGGAUCCUUAUAUGUGGCACAAAAUUGCUGCAGUAUCCGGUGUAGCUGCUCUUGGAUUGGGCACUUAUGGUGCCCACGGAUUCAAGCCCAAGAACCCUACAUACAAAGAGGUUUGGCACACUGCAUCACUAUACCACUUGGUUCACACAGCAGCUCUUGUUGCUUCUCCUAUUACCAAACGACCCCACAUUUUUGGAGGGCUUUUGACAGCCGGAAUUGUUGCAUUUUCUGGGACGAAAAAUAAGGUGCAUUUAAUGUUAAAGUCUUCCAAAGAUGUUACACAGUUGCAUAUCUUGAAGACAGAAAGUAUUCUAAGGUAGCACCAUUGGGUGGUUUUGCAUUUAUUGCGGCCUGGGCCAGUCUGUUGUUUUAGAAUCUCUUUUCUGUUCUGUUCCUAUGUAACACUAGAGUGACUUUGCUGCAGCCUUCAUAUUACUACGUAUGGAAAAUAAAAUUGAAAUUCCUAAGCCAUUCCACCCCGAAGGGUGUACUGCAACUUGCCUUUGAAUCUGACUUUGUUGAAGAUUUUGUAACCGAUGGCCAAAAGUCAGGGUGCAGUACUGCAGUUUGCCAUUGUAAAGGAUGCCGCUUUCAUUUUGAUCAAGUUUUCGUUGUAAAUUAACAGACUCGAUAAAGAUUACAAUUCUUGUAACUGAAUCAUUGGAUCUGUCUGAAAUGCUCAACUCAAUUGGUCUAGC